AUGAAAUUAGUAUUAAUUAUUCCAUUUAUAAUACGAGUAUAUGGUACAUACGAUGAGCUAUAUGAUAAGCACAGGUGUGCAGUAGAAUACAAGAUAGGCAACAAGACAGUUGAAAUGGGAUAUGUGAGUGCAAUAAGCAAUGAACACAGCUACAUCCUCGAUAUCGAUAAUCUAUACUUAGAUAAGACAGGAUUUAAUGAAUUCAACUACGUAACUAAGGGGUGUGAUGGAGUCGUGGAAGAAGACAGCUAUUUUGUAAUAGAUAAGGUAGGAUACGUUACUAGGCUAAUGGAGCAGAGUGGAUUGAGUNAUAUGGUACAUACGAUGAGCUAUAUGAUAAGCACAGGUGUGCAGUAG